AUGGAUCGUGAACGGCACCAACAGGUCGUUGAAAGGAUCGCAGAUCCUGAUCCCAAUGAAACCGAACAAUUCCUAGAAGAACUUGGUCUUGCUGGCCUCCCGUCGCGAGAGCAAAUACACCGCCAGCUUGAAGAACGCUUUCUGGAGCCCAAGGACAGAUUUCCUGACGACCUACUCCCGCUGUUUCAAACAACUUGGGAUUACAAGCUUGAGAUCCCAUCUUUGCUGCAAUUUGAACCUUCGCCACCUCCAACGUCCGUAUCUUUGGUGCGGAAAGGGCUCGACGGCGAAUUCUCUGGAUGGGUCGAAACCCCAAAUCCCCGCGUGCAGACGGGUCUUACAUCUACUUCUUUCGACCGUGCACCUGCACCGGUGGGCACGUUUGUUCGAGGAAAAUCUGGUUAUGUGCCGUUUUGGCCUGGUGGCAUGGACGAUGUUAUAUUGAAUCCCGACUUAGUCUCCUCCGAUAAAGAGCGGGAUAAUGCCUUGAAAACUAUUCCUCCUGGUUUCACGCGUGGUUUAAGGCUUCCUGGCGAUCCCGCCGUCGAAGACGAGCUAAUGGCCUCAUUGAAUCCUGUUGAUAAGCAUACAUCUAGCCAUCCAGACGAGGACCAGUCCGAUGAUGAGGACGAAACCGAUCCAUCGGCGAUAGGUCCCGCGUCAGAAGUGGAUGAUUUCUUACCAGUGUCGCGUACAACGCUUCAACCAGUAAGGUCCUCCCGAGCACCCCGGAAACCCAAACAGCAAAAGCGGGAAUGGGCACACGUCGUUGACGUUAACAAGCCCAUGAAGAACUUCCAUCAACUAGUUCCUGACAUGGCUCACAAGUACCCAUUCGAGUUGGAUACAUUCCAAAAGGAAGCUGUAUAUCAUCUCGAGCAAGGAGACUCGGUCUUCGUAGCGGCGCACACGUCCGCUGGAAAAACCGUUGUCGCUGAGUACGCCAUCGCUUUAGCGGAGAAGCAUAUGACAAAGGCAAUAUACACCUCACCAAUCAAAGCGCUUUCAAAUCAGAAAUUUCGCGACUUCAAGCAAACCUUCUCGUCCUCAUCCGUAGGGAUAUUGACGGGAGACGUACAAAUCAAUCCCGACGCAAGUUGCCUAAUCAUGACGACUGAAAUUCUCCGAAGCAUGCUCUAUAAGGGGGCUGAUCUUAUUCGCGAUGUUGAAUUUGUAAUUUUCGACGAGGUCCAUUAUGUCAAUGACGCAGAGCGAGGAGUCGUGUGGGAGGAGGUAAUCAUCAUGCUCCCGGAUCAUGUGAACAUCAUUCUUCUAUCAGCAACCGUUGGAAAUACAAAGGAGUUCGCCGGCUGGGUUGGCCGCACGAAAAAGAAAGAUAUUUAUGUGAUAUCUACUCCCAAACGUCCAGUGCCUUUGGAACAUUUUCUGUAUGCAGGGAGGGAAGUCUACAAAAUUGUCGACUCCAAAGGGGAUUUCUUGUCGCUAGGGUAUAAAGACGCCGGGGAGGCCCUACGACGCAAACAAGACAAGGAAAGGGAGGCUGCUGGUUUGCCGCCAGUCCAAAGAGUCGGGGCGCGGGGCGGGGCUGCGGCACAGCGAGGACAACAACGCGGAGGGCAGCGGGGUGGACGUGGGACGGUUACGCCCGCUCGUGGCGUUGCCCGCGGUGGCGGUCCCCCGAGAACAAUUCAUUCCGCCACCGACAAAAAUCUCUACGUUCAUUUGCUGGCGAACCUUCGGAAGAAGGGUUUACUGCCCGUUGUAAUAUUCACGUUCUCUAAGAAACGAUGUGAAGAAAACGCGGGGACCUUGAUCAAUUCCGACUUGUGUACAUCGGUCGAAAAAAGCGAAGUUCACGUUGCAAUAGAGAAGGCCCUCUCAAGACUCAAAGGUUCUGAUAGAAAACUACCUCAGAUCGGUCGAAUGCGAGAUUUGCUCUCUCGCGGAAUAGGCGUACACCACGGCGGUCUCCUACCCAUCGUUAAAGAGGGCGUAAAUAUGCCAGCCAAGUGUGUGGUUUUUUCCACGACUCGCAAACAUGAUGGUCGCAGCUUCAGAGACCUUCUACCGGCGGAAUACACCCAGAUGGCCGGCCGAGCCGGUCGCCGUGGCUUGGACCCUACCGGUACUGUGAUCAUAGUAGCGAGUGACAAUUUACCAGAGCUCACUGCUAUCCGAAAUAUGAUACUCGGACCUCCGGGGAAACUAUCGUCGCAGUUUCGUUUGACGUACAAUAUGAUUCUGAACCUGCUCCGAGUCGAGGCAUUGCGAGUUGAGGAGAUGAUCAAGCGCAGUUUCUCAGAGAAUGCAUCCCAGUCCCUCCUACCGGAUCAGCAAAAGAAAGUCAUUGAGGGUGAAAGAACACUAGCAACUCUCCCGAAGUUGAACUGUGAGAUAUGCCAAGAAGACAUCGACAUGUACUACGAUAUGUCACUGGACGUCAUAGAGUGCAAUCAACGGCUGUUAGAAAUGGCGUCCAAUCAUCCACAGGCGUCGAAAUCACUAGUAUCGGGGCGGAUAGUCAUCCUGCGAGAUACCCAUUUCAACCGCAAUAAUGUUGCAGUCAUCCUCAAGCAAGCGCCAAUAGUUGCUUCCGCCGAUACUGGUGCCAAGUUGAAGGCUUUUUACGUCCUCGCGCUUGUGGAUGCUGAGACGAAAAGCAGGAAGCUUGAUGUCGACGCCCAAUCUCUUGCUCCCCGCUGGCCUCUAAUACCCGAAAUGAUAAACGAGGAUGAUGCAGUAUACGAAGUUGCAGCAGUACCAUUGACCAGUAUUGUACUUGUUACCGAGCGCGUUAUAAAGGUCGAUGUAGAACUCAUCGUUGAUCGGCACCGUAUCACGCCCAUGCGGGAAGCGUUGAAGCAGUUGCAAACUGUUGCAUGCGAGUGGAUCAGUACGCGUGAUGUCCCAGAGAUCGAAUGGGCGAAGAUGAGGUCUCUCGAAUUCCAAGAAACAUUGCAAUUUAAGAACACUCAAGUCAAGGCGUUGGCUAACAAGUCCUGCGUGCUUUGCAAAGAUUUCGACGCCCAUUACGUAGUGAAGCACGCUGAAAAGGUUCUCCGCGCAAAUCUCGCGUAUCUCAAGAUGGCGAUCUCGGAACAGAACCUUGAAUUGAUUCCUGAUUACGAGCAGCGGAUUUCGGUGCUCAAAGAACUCAAAUUCAUUGACGAAAAUUCCACCGUGCUCCUGAAGGGCAGGGUCGCAUGUGAAAUCAAUUCGACGAGUGAGCUAGUCUUGACCGAGCUAAUCCUAGAAAACACCCUAGCUGCGUAUGACCCGGAGGAAGUCGUGGCCCUCUUAUCAUGCUUCGUAUUCCAGGAGAAGACAGACGUAGAACCAGCAAUACCGACGAAGCUCCAACAAGGCCGUGAUGCUAUCAUCGCUAUUAGAGAACGUGUCGCCAGGGUCAACGACUUGCACAAAGUGGCCACCGAAGAAUUUCAGAAUGAAUUGAAGUUUGGAUUGAUGGAAGUUGUGUAUGAGUGGGCCAAGGGAAUGCCAUUCGAACAGAUCACCGCACUAACUGAUGUACCAGAAGGGACCGUUGUGCGAGUGAUAACUCGUCUAGACGAGACGUGUCGUGAAGUCCGAGAUGCGGCACGGGUAAUCGGCGAUGCUGAACUCUUCAAGAAGAUGGAAGAAGCCCAAAUCAGAAUUAAAAGAGACAUUGUGUUUGCUGCUAGUUUGUAUUUCUAG